AUGUCCGCCGAGCAAGAGACGACUAUGGAAUCGGCCCUGGAGACCGAGAAGCCGGAGCAGUCAACAACAUCGCAAACUGGUCCAAACAGUAAGGAGGACAAUGCAUCCUCGAGAGCUCGCGAAAGACAGGAGCGAUUCAAGGCUCUUCAAGCACGCGCGAAAUCCGCGACAGAGCGUAACCUAAAGGAAACGGCAGCAGAGACCCAGAGACUUGCGACAGAUCCUGCUCUUCUUUCAUCAUUAUCCCGCAAGCAUGCCUUUGCCUCGCACAAUCUACUGAAAGCCGACACGGAGGCCGCUGGAGAAGACUUCGAACGCAAACGCGCAUGGGACUGGACAGUUGACGAGUCUGAGAAGUGGGACCGACGGAUGGAGAAAAAGCAGCGCCACCGGGACGACGUCGCCUUUCAGGACUACACACAAGACGCGAGAAAGGUUUACAAGCGGCAGCUGCGAGAAUUACAACCCGACCUUGAAGGCUAUGAGAAGGAGAAGAUGGCGGCGAUUGAAAAGGCUGCCGCUAGUGGUGAUCUUGAGAUUGUGGAAACCAACGAUGGGGAGAUGAUUGCCGUGGAUAAAAAUGGAACGUUCUAUUCCACAGCUGACACUGUCGGAUUCACCGAAAGCAAGCCCGAUCGCGCGGCUGUCGACAAAUUAGUCGCAGAUUUGAGGAAAGCGGAAGAGGUGCGACUCAAGAAACGAAGAGACCGCCGCGGAGGCGACGAUGAUGGAGACGUCACGUAUAUCAACGAGAAGAACAAGCAGUUCAACCAGAAGCUGGCUCGUUUCUACAACAAGUACACCACAGAGAUUCGUGAUAGCUUUGAGCGAGGUACCAUGAUAUGA